CAUUCCAACAAAAAUUUUGAUCGGGAAAAUCAUUUGAAUUUGAUUUUAAUUUAAAUUAAUUCAACUAAUAAUAUAUUUUUAUUACAAACAUGAAACGAUUGUAAAGUAAAUAAUUAAAUUGAAAAUUAAGUAAAAUAAUGAAAAAAUUGUGAAAUAUAAAAGAAAAACGAAAAUUGUACAAAGAAGUUUCAAGACAAAUAAUUUGUGUUUUUUUGGGUGUCUUACAAAAUUGGUGGAGUCACGUCAGUAGCCGUACAUAGUAUAUGAAUGUGUGUGUACGAGUUUGUGUAUUUCAACAACAACAAACAAAUAAAGGAAUAACAAGUAAAACAUAACAAAAGAAUCAUUUACAAUAAAAAAGAGUUAAGUGAAAUUUUUUUGAAAAAAUAAUAGUAAAAAAGAAAAAAAAACUUAAAAGAAAAGUGGCUGAAUUAACUAACGUUUUUUGGAUUUGGAUUAAAAUUUCUAGUGUUACAGUUUGGAAACAACUCAAGUGUUAAAAUCCUACCUUUACCACCACCAUUGAGCCAAUAUUGUGUAAAACCCACAAACCAUGUCUAAUCAAGCCGAAAUUGAUUAUGAAAAACAAUUUCAAGAAGAUUUGGCCAAGGCAACCGCCUUAAGUUUAGAACAACAAGCCUUGGAGGAAUUUAAACGUUGCCAAAAAUAUGGCAUAGCCUAUACCCAGUCUGUGCAGCAGGAGGCCAAAAAUCGCAACUAUGCUCAAAUUCGGCGUCAGCACUUUGCUCGCAGAGAUUCAGCGGAAACAUCAACGUCCUCACAAUAUGGCGUGUCAUUGCCACCGCCCCAGCCAAGCCAGCCACAACGACGUCAUUCGGAAAUAACGCAUAAUGUGCCGCCGUCGACUUUGCUAACGGAUGUAGAGCGUUCAAAGACACCACCCGCCUCUACGACAAUUGCGGAAAAUGAUUUGAUCAAUUUUGCUAGUCCAACCUCAAAGAAGCCAGAGAGUUCGUCCUUCGAACAGCUGAUAGAGGAUUUACAAAAGCUACAAGCCACUAAUCCACAAACAGCCUUAGUGCCUUUGGGUCCUACAGCAGCAGCACCCAUGUAUCCGGGUUAUCAUGCGCCAGCAACAGCUACACCAGCAGCUGCCAUGUAUGCGGGCAGCGCUGCUGCAGUACAGCCACCAGCUCAGUAUGGUGUGACCACAGCAGCAGGUGCUGCUGGCAUGCAAUUGGUACCCUUCACACCGCCACCCCAGCAACAAAAAGUACCACUUACUCAUGAUGAAUUGCAAAAAUUGUACAGUAUGUCACAACCCCCAUAUACGGCGCCCGUAUAUGGACCACGGCCUAUGGGCUUUAUGGCACCCAUACAGGGAGGAGCCUCCUACUAUCCUCAAACACCGCCCGUAAUGGUUCAAGCAGCUGGUGUGCCUUAUACUGCCCCAGUACAAUAUCCAAAUCCCUAUGGUUUCCAAUACAAUAUGGUAGCCCAGUCCACUCAACACCACUAUUAUCCCACUAACCUGGCUUCUGCCAGCUCAUCCGCAUCGUCUGUUUCUGCCUCCUCCUUGGCAUCUGGUGUUCACAACAUGAAUAAUCAACUUUCCAAUCAUGCAGUUAAUUCCUCUGAUUUACCUUCAAGCAGCAUUAGUUUUAAUCAUUUACAUUCCAAACCCUUAAAUACUUCCGCUACAUCUACACAAAGUAAUGGCCAAAACAAUUUUAGACGUCAGACGCCUCCCGCACGCAAACCCAAAGCUGCAGGCUUGGAUUUAAUUGAUUUAUCGCAUGAAGAUGAUUCCCGUGUAAGCGUUUUAGAAGCCUUCGAUCCUUUACUAAACGAAGAUGAUGAUGACAACGAUAAUGCCUCGGAUUGUACUUCAUUUUAUGCGGAGUAUGAUCCCUUCGAUUAUUUGUAUAGUGGUGGCAGUACACAGUAUUCAGAUCCUGUCUAUGAAGCUGUCAAUAAAUUGGAUAAAUCAGCCGUUAGUCCGAAUGUUUCUUCAAUUAGCUGGCGUCCUGAGUACAGCCCUGACCCCAGCCAAAAAGAGGAAUUACCCGCACCUUCAACUGGUUCUCGGUCACCACCGCCCCCGUUGCCACCCCGUAAUAGUGGUGGAGCCAGCACAUCAUCAUUUAAUACAUUUGCCAGUAAUUAUGAGCAAUAUAUACCAGGUUUAAAUGCAAGUCAUACAUUGGAUCGACGAAAAACCUCUGCACGUCUUUACGAAAUUGUUACCGAUCAACGUACCGUAGACUUAGAACUACUCGAUUUCUAUUAUAUGGUAAAAGAACUGAGACAACGUUAUCCCUAUGAUGAUGAGAUAAACAAUGUGGGACAUAUUAUAGCAUCUGAAUUCAAUUAUCAUUAUCCUAUGGAGACUAGUAUUAAAAUUUUAGUACAUCCGGCAUUGAAUGCUUUGUUUCCAGAUGGUGAAUCGGCAGCGCCUAAUAAGGGUCAGUUUAAGAGUUAUGGAGCACCCAUACAAUUUACUUGUGACAUUAAUACUCCCGUUGAAAUGGUUAUUAGCCAAGCAUUUUAUUCAUUGGAGGGUCAAAUCAGAGGUCAUGUUAAUGAUUAUGCUGUGCGGCCCAUUGGUGUGGCGGAAUGGCUGUCGAAUUCUUCUAAACUAAGCCAAUUGGAAUGUGUACACAAUAGUUUGAAACUAGAAAAAGAUGUACAAUUGGGUUUGUGUUUAAAAACUGAGGAAAACAUGAAAGUUAUAGCACGGACUGAGAGAGAUGAUAAAAACGAAUGUGACAUGCGUCCGGAGGAUGUGUUACCCAAUGAAGUGGCCACCACCAUAACUUAUGAAAGUAUGAUGAUAUUACUAGAAACUCUGGAAACGGAAAUUGAUAAACUAGAAUCAGCGGCUAGUGAUAACAGUUCUCGAAACGUACUUUCUUGUUCCGGUGUUGUACAGGGUGUCAAAGCCAUUUGUGCCUUAUUGGGUUCCAUUGAUACAUUGGAACUAGCCGACUGUGUAGCCAAGCUAAAAAAAGUCUGUGAAGAUAAUCAACCUAAAUAUGCAAGUUCCUCAACAAAUCCCGAAAUUGUCACCGAUUGCGGCGACUAUGCUGAAGUGUGUUUACGGCCGCGUUCUAUUUUAGAACAAAUUAAAUUGAAAUGCAGUAAAUUAAGGGAUGCUGUGCAAGAAUUAAUCGAAUUGUAUUCAAAUGUAUUUAGAGUAGGAUUUUCGGUUAAAUCGCUGGAUUACUCAACAACACCUAUACAUGUUUCUUUUGUAUCCAAGCCCAUUGUGGUCAGCAUAAAUUGUUUACAUCGUCCGCCACCCUUGUGGCGUUACGACAGUUAUUCCUUAGGUGUACAAAUCAACUAUGGUUCACGCUUCAUUUCAGAUCCUGUGGUAACAAAAUGUUCGAAUGAUACUUCUGGUGGUUUAUUUGCUCGUUUGAAAUUCUCUUCUUGGAUAACAUUUGAGAAAAAUCCCAUUUGUACUUUGCCCAGAGAGGCACGUUUGAUUUUUGUCUUGUAUGGUACUCAAGUGGCAGAAAAUGAUCAAAAUAAUGGUGAAAAUGGUGAGAGAAGACAAACUACCACCGAAUUGGGCUGGUGUGCCAUACAAUUGUUUGACUAUAAACGUGAAAUGAUCUGUGGUUCGUAUUUACUCUCCAUGUGGCCGGCAACGGCCGAUAAGUUUUUGGGUCCCGCACCAGCUAGAGGCUGUCAUCCUCAGCCGGAUUUUUGUCCAGUUUUGAGUAUAGAAGUGCCGCCUUAUGGUGGUAAAAUACAAUUUCCCGAAUCCUUGGAAAAUCCACCACCAGCGCCAAGAUACGACUUCAAUUCCUUGGACACAAAUUUGCAGCAAGAAUUAUUGGAUACCGCCGAACAGGGCUAUCCGGGAGCCAUCGAUAAACGAGAAGUUUUCUGGGAGAAACGUUUGUAUUUGCAAAAUAUUCCUCAUGCCUUACCCAAAGUAUUACAUGCAGCCCAUAGCUGGGAUUAUGCUAGUCUCAUGGAUUUACACUCAUUGCUGUAUUCAUGGUCAGCCCUAUCACCCUUGCAGGCUUUAGAAUUGCUAUUGCCACGCUAUCCCGAUGCCAAAGUUAGAGAAAAGGCGGUAGAAUGGAUAUCGCAAUUACCCAAUGAUCAGUUGGUAGAUUAUUUGCCACAGUUGAUACAAGCCUUAAAACAUGAUACUUAUGAAGCCUCCUCAAUGGCUAGAUUUUUACUGUGUAAAUCUUUGGAAUCUCCACGCAUAGCUCAUCAUAUGUAUUGGCUUUUAGUGCAUAGUUUGCCCGGUGAUGGUCCUCAAAACUCUAUAGAUUCCUCAUCGGGUAAUUCUGUUGAUAUGGAUGAUGCAUUGAUAACACAGGCUCGUUAUUAUCGCCGGAAUAAAAUGAUGCUGAGGGCUUUAUUGGCUAUAUGUGGUGAAAAGUUAUCAAAGAGAUUCCUGCUGCAGAAUCUAAUGUGCAGGAAUUUAGCCAACAUUGCUGAAACGGUGAAAGAGGCCAAAGAGUCGUUGCGCCAAAAGUUUUUGUGUGCCGGCAUGGACAGCGUCAAUCAAGAGCUUUUAGACAAACCCACCUCAUUGCCUUUGGGUCCAGAACAGGAAGUGACCGGGGUUAAUGUACGCAGCUGUAGUUAUUUCAAUUCCAAUACUUUGCCCUUGAAAAUUUCCUUUGUUGGACCUGAUGCUGAAAUUUUACCAGCCAUAUUUAAGUCUGGUGAUGAUUUGCAACAAGACAUGCUGACCAUACAGCUGAUUCGUGUAAUGAAUAAAAUGUGGCUGGCCGAGGGUUUGGACUUGAAAAUGGUCACUUUUAAUUGUGUUCCUACAGGCUUUAAGAAGGGCAUGAUUGAAUUAGUUUCGGAUGCUGAAACUUUGAGAAAAAUCCAGGUUGAAUAUGGUUUGACAGGUUCGUUUAAAGAUCGUCCCAUAGCGGAAUGGUUGGCUAAACAAAAUCCUAGUCAAUUGGAGUAUCAAAGGGCUGUUAAGAAUUUUACGGUUUCCUGCGCUGGCUAUAGUGUGGCAACUUAUAUUUUGGGCAUUUGUGAUAGACAUAACGACAAUAUUAUGUUAAAAUCCUCAGGACAUUUAUUCCACAUAGAUUUUGGUAAAUUUCUAGGUGAUGCUCAAAUGUUUGGUAACUUUAAAAGAGAUCGCACUCCGUUUGUGCUUACCUCUGACAUGGCUUAUGUGAUUAAUGGCGGUGAUAAACCCUCAACAGAUUUUCAUUAUUUUGUUGACUUAUGCUGUCGUGCCUUUAAUAUUAUACGCAAACAUGGUGAUCUAUUGUUACACAUGUUGGCUCUAAUGGCUACGGCUGGCAUACCAGGCGUUACAGCUGAUGCUGUUACUUAUGUACGCAAAGCUUUGCUACCAUCACAAUCGAAUCCUGAAGCAGCUGCCUCCUUUGCUAAAAUGAUACAGUUCUCGUUGAAAAGUUGGUUUACCCAAUUCAAUUUCUUUUUGCACAAUUUGGCACAAAUGCGUUUUAGCAAUGAUGAGGGCAGCGGUGAAUUGUUGUCGUUUGUUCCUAGAAAAUAUACAAUGCUCCAAGAUGGCCGCUUAAAAAGUGUUACUGUUGUUCGCUGUCAAAAACACUAUGAAAUGGAGAAAUUUUAUACCUACAUUUUACUUGUCACUCGCCAUGGUCAAAAAGAUCCCACCCAUUUAUUCCGUUCCUAUAAAGAGUUCACCGAAUUUCAUCAAAAGUUAUGUUUACAUUUUCCAUUAGCCAAAUUGCACAGUUUACCCAGUGGUAUACACGUUGGACGUUCCAAUGUUAAAUCUGUGGCCGAGAGACGUUUACCCGAGAUACGUGAAUUUCUUAUAUCGCUAUUUAAUUCGGCCGAUGAAAUUGCUCAUUCCGAUUUGGUUUAUACAUUCUUUCAUCCAUUACUAAGAGAUCAAAAAGAGGCUAAAUUAGGUUUGUCGAAAAUAAAAGAAGUAAAAUCUCAAACAUCUAGAGAACAUACAAAUGAAGUAGGACAAUUGAAAUUGUCCAUGCAAUAUCGCAGAGAUGUUCUAACUGUAAUGAUUCAUCAUGCCAAAGGUUUACCGCAGCUGCAGGGUGGUCAGGAGCCCAAUACUUAUGUUAAAUGUUACUUGAAGCCAGAUGACAAAAAGGCGACCAAACGUAAAACCAAAGUUGUGCGCAAAACCUGUGUGCCAAGUUAUAUGGAAACGCUGGAAUAUCGUAUGCCUUUACAAAUUAUACAAAAUCGUGUAUUACAUGUUACUGUGUGGUCACAUGACACCCUACAAGAAAACGAAUUGCUAGGAGGCUUUCAAAUUGAUUUAAGUAAAUAUGAUUUACGCAAAGAAUUAAUAGAUUGGUUCCGUUUGGGCAAUAUGCCCCGUCACUGACACUAUGCUAAAAUUGAACUUAUGGGUGUAAUCAAUGUUUAGAAUACCCACACACACACACACAUUUUACAAUGAACAGGGAUUUGCAACAGCAAGAAAAACCGAACUGGAUAAUAAGAAAUCAUUAUUAUUAUUAUUAAUAAACAACACACAAAUCAUUUAUUAAUGCUAAAAGGAAUUGUUAAUAUAUAUAAAAGAAAUUUAAUACUAAUAUAAUAUUUAUAAUUAUAAUAUAAAUUUUAUGAAAAUUUGUAUUAUAUUACUGCUACUAUGUUAGAUAUUUAAAUAUGUAAGUGUGAUGUUACAUUCCAAAUUAUUAUUAUUAUUAUUACUAUUAUUUAAAACUACAACAAAAUUUAUUUAAUUUAAAAUAUUAUUAACAAAUUAUUUUCAUUUCUUUAUAACUAAAAACAAACAAAAAAAAAACUACAAAUAUUUUUUAAGAUUUACAUAUUUUUUUCGUUGUUUUCAAUGCACAAUUAUUUUAUUAAUUUAUAUUUACAAAUGUAACUAAAUCAAAACAAAACAAAACUCAAUGAUUUCAUAAAUAUUAUGUUAAACUUUAAAUUUAUGUACUUUUAUUUUGUGAUUCACCAUCACUUAUUCAUCGUUCAUUGCAAAAUUGUAUUAAUAUAGAUUUAAUACCAAAUAAAUGUAUUCAAUUAGCUACCAGGAUUUAUAUAAAGCAAUUUUAUUGUAUAAAUAUAAUUGAAUAAGAUCAAAACUACGACGCAAUAUAAUAUAUCCAUUUUUUAAAUCAUUUUCAAUAAAUCGAGAUUAUAAUUUUCAUACGCA